UCCCAUCUAGCCAUACCGGCUCAUCUAGCGCUUUCCAGACUGCGAGUGCCUCGACAGGUCCGACAGUUCCUACUGAUGAGCCGUUGAGUACUAAUUCAGUGACUAGCAGUAGAACAAAUGUCCCGACAUCUACUGGUUCUCAGAGCGAGCCCACUGCUCCUGGCACCUCGUCGCAGGCAACUGGACCAGCUACCGCUACAGAGACUGUGCCACCGUUCCUGGCAGCUCCUCGCAGGCGACUGGAUCAGCUACUGCCUCUCAGAGCGAACCCACCGUUCCUGGCAGCUCAUCGCAGGCGACUGGCUCGGUUACCGCUACAGAGACUGUACCCACCGCUCCUGGCAGCUCCUCGCAGGCGACUGGAUCAGCUACUGCCUCUCAGAGCGAGCCCACCGUUCCUGGCAGCUCAUCGCAGGUGACUGGACCAGCUACCGCUACAGAGACUGUGCCCACCGUUCCUGGCAGCUCCUCGCAGGCGACUGGAUCAGCUACUGCCUCUCAGAGCGAACCCACCGUUCCUGGCAGCUCAUCGCAGGCGACUGGCUCGGUUACCGCUACAGAGACUGUACCCACCGCUCCUGGCAGCUCCUCGCAGGCGACUGGAUCAGCUACUGCCUCUCAGAGCGAGCCCACCGUUCCUGGCAGCUCAUCGCAGGCGACUGGCUCGGUUACCGCUACAGAGACUGUACCCACCGCUCCUGGCAGCUCCUCGCAGGCGACUGGAUCAGCUACCGCUACAGAGACUGUGCCCACCGUUCCUGGCAGCUCAUCGCAGGCGACUGGCUCGGUUACCGCCACAGAGACUGUGCCUACCGCUCCUGGCAGCUCCUCGCAGGCGACUGGAUCAGCUACCGCCUCUCAGAGCGAACCUACAUUCCCAAGCAGUGCCACCCAGAGCAACGAAUCGCAGGAGACUGGUGCUUCAUCGGUAACUCGCCAGACGUCAAUUGCAACUAGCAACGUUGAUACUGGUGUAGCAUCGAGCACCACUCCCUCAGCAUCGCAUCUCGCGAGCACUACGGUUGUGUCCCCUUCCACAUCUGCCUCAACAACCGUGCAAAUCACGGCGGCAGCUACGACCUCGACAUCGAUCAAUGUCCCGACGUCGG